UGUGGUCAGUCCUAUAAAUAGCUUGCGUUCAUGAGUUUGGAAACUAUUUUUUCCAAAGCUUCUAGAGAGUGGUAUGUAGACUAGAGAUGUUUGAGUAGAACAAUUUAGUACUCACAUUAUAAAAGCACAUCAUUUAUGUGUGGCUGCCAAUAAAAAAAAAUAAUCAAGAUAUUUAGGUAAGUUGCAGCAAUCAAAGACUUGAUGAGGGACGGGAUGAUUUACCCCACCAGCAGUCUCUACUUGGUAUGGUGCGGUCUGUGUCUGUUCAUACAACUAGGGGAAGCAGCUAAGUAUAUCAAGCAUUCGAACAAAUGUGUACCCAAGUGUAAAGGUGUCCACAUCUGUGUAGAGCUACAACCCUUCUGCUCCUACAACUGUAAACCAAGCAUCACCUGUAUGGAUCCAUGGUACACCCGCUUCUACGACCUGGGGCCCCUCCCCACCACCACGCCCAUCAAGCCAGGCUGCCCGACCGUCUCCCCGGGGGGGAGCUGCGCCAAACACUGCAACUCAGACACCGACUGUAGCCCGGGGAACCUCUGCUGUCAGCUGGGAUGUCGCACCACCUGCACGCCGGACCGGAGAUUGCCGACGAAAGAGAAGCUCGGGUUCUGUCCCCUGGCACUGAGCAGAAGUCUUGAGGUCUGCGACUACCAGUGCUACCAGGAUGUCGACUGCCCGGGGAGCCAGAAGUGCUGCUCCUCCAAGUGUGGGAGCCGCUGUACGGCCCCCUGCUACCUGUGGCUCAACAGCCAAGGCCAGUGGGAGGAGCCGGCGGAGUGUCGUAGGUAGGGGGGGGGGUGGGCUGU